GGGUUACAACUAGGUCAGUAGGCCGUCCCCUCCCCUGCCGCCGCUAUCUGGGUCAGAACCGUCACUUUCACUGUUAGCCGGCGCGCGAGCCCCACUCGUCGUGUGACUAUCCUAGUGCGCGCAUCGUGCCGUCGCUCGCGCCGUGUCAGUGUGUGACUUGUGAUAUGUGUUCGAGUGUCGUGCCCUCUUGAUUAUGUUAUUGGACAUGGAGCAACAUUCGACCCUGGCCUCCCUCAACAUGUCCCACGCCUCGUACCUGAGCAGCGGAGGCGGUGGCAGCCCCAACAGUUCCGCGGGCGGCACAGCUAGCCCCAGGGGUGGCUCUUCGGGGGUGCCACCUCCGGUCUACGGCUCGCCGCCUCUGUACACCCCCGCCUCCGCAGCCUCUCAGCAUCCCCAACACGAAUACUCCCUGUUCCAUCCUACCAGCCCGUCGGCACCUCUGUACACCCAGGCUAACAAACCUCCUUCGCCCAUGUAUUGUAUAGAGUCCUCCACCGCUAACAAGUCUUCCCUGCAUCCUACCAGCCCGUCGGCACCUCUGUACUCUCAAGCCAACAAACCUCCCUCGCCCAUGUACUGCAUCGAAUCCUCCACGGCCAACAAACCGUCUUCCCUCCACCCCGCGAGUCCGUCCGGUCCGCUCUACACCCAAGUGAACAAAACCCCUUCCUCCAUGUACUGUAUAGACACCACCAACACUAAUGCCAACAAACCACCCUCCUCCUUGUACAACAUAGAUACAGCGUGUUUCUUCUCGUUCCCAGGUAUCGGGAACAUGGACUGUGUCUCCUAUCCUCCGGCCGCCUCCCAGCUGCCCACGGCGUCCGUCGCCAACCCCGACCUGCCCGACACCAAGGAGGGGUUCGAGGAGUUGUGUCCCGUGUGCGGGGACAAAGUGUCCGGCUAUCACUACGGCCUCCUUACCUGCGAAUCGUGUAAGGGAUUCUUCAAGCGGACCGUGCAAAACAAGAAGGUGUAUACUUGUGUGGCUGAUCGGUCCUGUCAUAUAGACAAGACUCAGAGGAAAAGGUGUCCUUAUUGCCGCUUCCAGAAGUGCCUCGAAGUUGGGAUGAAAUUGGAAGCGGUACGAGCGGACAGGAUGCGAGGAGGGAGGAACAAAUUCGGACCUAUGUACAAGAGAGACAGAGCGCGGAAGCUGCAGAUGAUGAGACAAAGACAGAUCGCCAUCCAGACCAUCCGAGGGUCGGCGGCGCAGUACGCGCUAGGGGAGGGAGUGACGCUCAGCUACCCCGGCAGCAGCUCACCCUUCGCCAGCCUGCACAUCAAACAGGAGAUCCAGAUACCACAGGUGUCGUCGCUGACGUCAUCGCCGGACAGUUCGCCGUCACCUAUAGCAGUGGCGCUGGGUCAGGCGGGUCUGGGUAGUAUGGUGGUCAACAACAACAACAACCCUCAACAACAACCGCCCAGCGCGGGCACCUCGGGCCAACAACCCCAGGAGCACGCCAAGCUGUGGGGACAACCCAACAGCACGACCCCCUCGCACUCGCCUCACUCGCCCUUCGACGCCGCCCCCGCCGCCUCCAACCCCGCCCCCGCCAACACCGCCCCCAGUCAAUCCAAGAUCUCACCCAUGAUCAGGGACUUUGUGCAAUCCGUGGAUGACCGCGAGUGGCAGAACUCAUUGUACGGGCUGUUGCAAAACCAAACGUACAACCAGUGCGAAGUGGACCUUUUCGAACUCAUGUGUAAAGUGUUGGACCAAAAUCUGUUCUCGCAAGUGGAUUGGGCGAGAAAUUCUGUGUUUUUCAAGGACCUAAAGGUGGACGACCAGAUGAAGCUGCUGCAGCAUUCGUGGUCAGACAUGUUGGUGCUGGAUCACAUGCACCAGAGGAUGCACAACAGUCUACCGGACGAGACGACGCUGCCCAACGGACAGAAGUUUGACCUCCUCUCCCUCGGCCUACUGGGAGUUCCCUCGCUAGCAAACCACUUCGAGGAGAUCACUCGCCACCUUCAGGAACUCAAGUUCGACCUCUCCGACUACAUUUGCGUCAAGUUCCUUCUCCUUCUAAACCCAGAUGUGAGAGGGCUGAUGAACCGCAAACAUGUACAAGAGGGACACGAGCAAGUACAACAAGCGUUGCUGGAGUACUGCGUCCAGUGCUAUCCUCAGAUCUCGGACAAGUUUCAUAAACUACUUGCGUUGUUGCCUGAGAUACAUUCAUUGGCUAGCCGAGGAGAAGAGUUUCUAUACCACAAACAUUGCAACGGCAGCGCACCCACACAAACUCUCCUCAUGGAAAUGCUGCAUGCCAAGCGGAAAUAACCGUCACCGGGUAUGAAGAUGAUUGUGUCGCAAGCCAAGCAGGCGACGCAGGCUGCUCGGACCAGUGCAAUAACAGUGCUACAGUAUUACCAACAUUACCAACACGUGUCGUGAUAGUGCGGUGACGGACAUUCCAAAGGCCACCGUGCACAAACAUGCCUUCUAAAAAAGUACAAAAGUCAUAAACACUGUUAAGGAAAUACCGCAAGAAACUAAAGGCAUUAUUCGUGUAGUAUUGUGUACAGGCUAUGGAGGUUCAGAACCGAUUCGUGUUUGUAAGAUACAUUUGAAAAUUAAUGUAAUUUAUAUGUUUUUAUCGGAUUAUUGUAUAUAACGUACAAUAUGACGGAGGGUGUUUUGUAAUGCUUUUCAUAAAAGCAGAUAACUAAAUGUGAUGAACUUACACUUUGGCGAGUGUAAGUGACCGUAACAUUGGUUCUGGGCCUCCCUGCAGCAAACUGUUGUUGCUCAUUUUAUUUUAAAUUGUAAUUGUACAAUUAUUUACGUUACAUUCCAGUUUGUCGCUCUGGAAGGGAUUGUUUGGGCAUCAAAUCUGUUUAACUCUCGUCUUUUCGUUUGUUUUUUUGCUUCCUAAUGUUUUAAGGUCUCUCGCAUUUCAAAAAAACAUUUUCGGCUCUUCACGUUAACAUUCCAAGCUUUCUUCCUCUCUUCUUCCGACAGCUCAUUUCUUCUCCGCUAAAUUUGAAUUCGGUUACGGUCAUUUCUAAACUUGGCACUGCUCUUCUCUAACUCUGGGGUCUCGGUGAUGGGACAAAAAAAGUUUCCUUUAGUUCGUUUAAGUUAUAGGAAUACAGCCUCUAGGGCGGCGUGUUCAUGUUCAUUAAGUUUAAUGUAAAGAAAUGUUAUUGUACUUGAAUAGGUUUAACGAGUGAAUGAAUAAUGUAUUUAAAUUUGUAUUGUAUAUUGUUAAUCGCGAAGUGUUGUCACAGUUACCUUAAUCGCCUCACCGCACACAGCUCCUCCAGGACUUGUGCCUCCGAUUUCUCUAUCUUUUUUAUUUUAUUAAUACUUGACCGAUUGUCGUAACUAGUGUGAAUUUGUACGUAUCGUGUAUAUAUUAUAUGUAUGCCUGUGUAUGUGAGAGGUAGGUCUGUGUGCGUAGAGGCUUCCUCCACUGUUCACUGCCACAAAUCCACGAUCUGGCAACUUAUCCGUUUGUACAUUUGUUUUUAUAAAUCGUCUAAUGAAAUGUGCUAUUUUGGUAUGUAGAGUAUAUUUUUAUGGUUGAGAUUUUAAAAUGAUGCUGGCCGUGAUUUAAACAUUGUGAUGCAAAGAGAAUUUAUUUUUAAAAAUAUCUACAGUUGACUUGUAAUCCGGUUUUUAGAUGUUUAUUGUUGUUAAAGAUAAAAUUUGUAGUUUUAUAGUGUUUUUUUCUGUAAAUUGUAAAUUUUGUAUUAGAUAACAUCACAGUUUUACAUUUUUAUUAUAUAAUUAUUGUUUUGACUUUAUACUAUAAUAGAUCAACACGAAUUUUGUAAAUUUUCAUAUAAAACUGUAUCAAGUUUGUUGAAAGUAUCGGAUGAUAAUUAGAGAAUGUUUUAUAGUAUUUACAGGCUCAGCUGUUGAAAGUUCCAUAUUGUGGCACUUGUUUUAUUUAUCUGCUGCUUCUUAUUGUUUUUAUUUAGACCACUGUGUUAUAUUAAGAAACAAAUUUUGUUACCUCAGUUUGUUGUACUUGUAUUUACCAUUUACAAGUCGCAUUACCAAGUUUUACACUGUAUAUAGCCUAGUGCGCGUAUCCGUUGUAAGGAUAAGCGAGUUCAUUUUGUUCCUGGAUUCUGGUAGUUUCACAACAACUCUCAACAAUUUCGUGUUUUCAGCAUGAUCAAAUGUUGUAAAAAUAGUUUGUAUUUUCAAAAAUAUUUAUUAAUUUUUUUAGUUAAAAAUCAGGUGAUACUGUCCAGUUCCAGCAGACAAAAGUAUUUGUGAAUGAAUUGUAGAAAUGAAUAAAAACCAAAACACAUAUUUUAAAUUGUU